CUAUGGCCGCCAUCAUGAAUCGCCUGUGAAUACGAAUGCAGUCUUAGAUUAUCUAAAAAUUAGGCGUUCUAAAAGUGAAGAAUUACCCUCAUAAUAGCUCGUGUACCGGAUUGGAUAUAUACCCACUGUAUUCCUGGAGAAAUAAUCUAUCAGCUUUUGAUAAAGUGAAAUGUUAAACUGCGUUUCCGCGACCUGUAGCAACCAGUGAAUUUUGGUCAGAGAAAACAGAGGUCCGUUGGAUUACACGUAAUGUCUGUGUAAUGUCAACCUAAUCGGCUGUAUACUCUGCAUAAUUGUGAACGUAAUGACAUACUGCACCGUGGCUGUUGUGCGGACGUUUUGAAUGCGUUAACAUUUGAAUGCAUCCUGUGAAAUGCAUUUCACUUUGACAGCGAAAGGAACUACCCAGUAUAUGAAUAUUGCUCUAAUCAUCAGGGUCCUGAGGACAAAGCAGUUGCCAUGUGUGCAACGUGCAGCGUCCCUUGGACUUCAGCUGCCGUGCCUCCCCCACUUUGCCCCAUGUUAACAACUGCGUAAUGAGUAACGUACCAUAUGACGGAGCAUUGACAGACAAGAACUAUGCUGCCAUGGCUGCAGGUUCUGAUCCCGAACCAGUAGAAGAGCCCGUGGCAACAGGAGAUGUCAUAAGUCAUCCCACACAUACAGCUCAGACUACAACCGGUCAUUAUUUUGGAUUGCCCUACCAGGAUCAUAAUUACGGAGCCCCUCCUCCACCCACCCCUCCAGAGUCUCCCUCCCCGGAACCACUACUCUCCCCCGUGCCCGCCAAAAUUAAUGGUAUAUUUGAUGAGCCCAUAAAGCUUGAGGUUAAAGUUACAGCGAGUCCGGAGCAAGUGGAAAGUAAAGACGAGGGGGUGACCAGGUGCAUAUGCAAUUUUGAGCACGACGAUGGCUACAUGAUCUGCUGCGAUGGAUGCUGCGUCUGGCAGCACGUUGACUGUAUGGGUCUGGAGAGAGACAGCAUCCCCGAAACGUUCUUCUGCGAGAGGUGCCAGCCGAGGGAAGUAGACUCCCAGAGGGCCAUUGAACUCCAGAGCAAGAAGCGUGCUGCUAUGUCAGAUGACUCAUCCAGUGAUAGCGGCGACGAAGUACCAGUGGUAACCGUUGGGUCAGCGGCUACCUACACCGCCAUUUCAAACUCCCCUACCAGCCUCACUCUUACCACCCACAACAAAAACAAGAAGAUGAAGAAGAAGAAGAAGAAACGGUGCAGGGAUAAAGAGGACGACAAACACCAUAAGAAGAAAAAGAAGCGACACGGCAAGAAGUGCAACAAGUCUGAUGAGAUAACAGCUCCUGAGGAACUAAACGUUAUGGAUGAGGAGACUAUGCCAGCCUGGAAUGAUUCACGAGAAAUACAUGACCGGUACGAAGAGGCUGUCUGCAACCAGAACAGCGCCGACAUACAACACAUCAUCUCAUCCCAUGGGAAGGGUCUGAAACCAGACCCGUCGUCGCCGUUUCUCUUUGGUAUGCCCAGACCAACAAACCCUCAGGUGGACCUGAGCCGACUGGGGAAGGGGGCAACCGUUGCUGGUCUCGUGGCCUCGGACAACCUCCGGAGUAAUGAUUUCAUCGUGGAGUAUUGGGGGAAAGUGAUGUUGAAGGAACAACUGGAAGUUGAGAAAACUUUCUUCAAACGGCCUUACCCGUACGUCCUCUUCUACUCCAAAUUUAACAACGUGGACAUCUGUGUUGAUGCGCGGAACUACGGCAACGUUGCGCGGUUCGUUCGUAGGUCCUGCUCGCCCAACGCCGAGGUCCGACACUAUGUGGAGAACAGCAACCUCCACUUCUGUCUGUUUGCACUACUCAACAUCGCUAAGAACACUGAGGUCACCAUCGAGUUUGACUUCAAUUACACCGAGAGCCCCUACCCAGUGCACUGCGCCUGUGCCAAGAAGAACUGUAUGGUGAAACGCCAUUUCAGGAAGCAGAACCACCAAACGACCAAGGCCAAGAAUCAUCUAGGCAACCAUCUGGAGGACACCACGUCGCUGUCUGUCAGUUCUAGCUUCACUAGAAAGAGAACAGUGUCUCCUUUGAGAGUAUCCCUGUCUGCACAUAAUGCUCAGAACCAAGCUGAGUUGCCGGUAACGACCAAUGGUGAUGAUUCUACCCAUCAUGACCCCAUCAACCCAGAAGCGCCCCCAACGCUCUGCAAUAGCAACCCAGCCCAACCACUGGAGGCUGAAGGCUCCGAGGAAAAUCAGGAAGAUAAGAAGCCUACCUCAGCUGCCAAGAAGAUGACUCGAGAAGAGCGCAAAAUGGAAGCCAUUCUUCAAGCCUUUGCCAGGAUGGAGAAGACGGAGAAACGACGCAAAGAGGCACAGGAGAAGACAUCCAGUACGAAGCCCAUGACGACCACAACAUCCACGGUGACUACAACAGUAGCUGAGACGAUAGUAUCGACGGAAACCAAAACGCUAAUGAGUGCCACUGUCAAGGAAGAAAACCCAGAAGAAAGUCGGGCUUCAGUUGAUGCAACAGAAGAGGUGGUUGUAAAGGAGGAGCCUGCUGCAAGUCCCACCAGAGAAGAGGCAACAGCGGUAGAGGUGUUGGCCCUGGAUGUAUCUGCCUCAGCAACCGUUCCGUCUGUGUUGACACCGGUAACCACGGCACCUGUCCUGACUCCUGUAGCUGCCACACGGACAAAAACAUUCAAAGGGAGGAAGAGGAAAGGCUCAAGACGAAGAAGCCGAGCUAACAGCGGAGCGUCUUCUGUCUCCCUGGACAUGUCGUCUCUUGAUGAGGAGUCCAAUCCAGCCCCAGGACCUCAAUCUGUCUCCUUACCGCCGGCGGCUCCCAAUCAGACAUCGUUGUUAAUACAGAUGACGCUUAAUAGUCCAGUUCACGGUGCUGACCAGCAAGGGAUGGCCUCGCCGAUACCAGCAUGCAGCAAGCACUUCAAGUUUCCUAAGACAAAGAAGUUUUUCAUGAACGAGUGGUUGAACGAGAAAGCACUAGAAGCUUCGGCCAACAAGCCUUUGACAAUCAAGACUGAACCAUCGGAAAUCUUGACAUCUAGUAACUCGUCGCCUGGGUCGUCUCUACAACUCUCCAAGCCAAGCACUCUGUGGGCGUUGAACGCCUCCAUCAGCAAAGAGGUCAAGACCAACCUGGAAGCCAGCUUCGGCUCGGCCAAGAAGAGGUGGCUUCGGCAAGCCAUGAGUGAAAGCAGUGGGCCGGUGCCAAAGGCCCAGAGCAACAACAACAACACCAACGGCGGCUCGGACUCACCGAUCUGUAACGGCACACUCAGCCCUAACCCUGCCAGCUACCCGGUCAGCCCGGCACUCUCUCCUAAUACUAGCGGCAUCAAUGAUAUGAUGACACCGCUCAAGAAGCGUAUGCUACGCCAUUCCAUCGCCGAGGAUCGCUUGACCACCACGCCACCCCCAGCCAAUGUCCUGCUGGACGACAAGCUACGCUCCCAGAGUACACCGAGCACCCCUGUGGUGGCCGACGACACGCUCCAGCAGUCCGGCGCCGACAGUGUCAGCACAACGGAUUCACCGCGUAAAUCAGAGAGUGGUGCAGACGGCUUAGCUACCCCAUCAACACCUGUCCAAGCUGAGCUCGUCUUCUCACCCGAGUGCACUCCAGACCACCGGAGACGCACGCUACUACCCUUUCCAUUUCCUCUGCCCGCCAAGAAGGAUUUCCGUAAGAGUUCGUCAGUGGACAGUGGCUUAUCGGUGUCCACCCCAGCAGACUUGGAUCGUUCACCGCUCCCCUUGCUACCAGGGGAGCAACCUCUUAGCACUGCCAACAAUCUUCUUCACAAGGAUGAAGGAACACCCGUUAAAGACGAGCUGUUUAUGACCGAGUUAAAUAAGAGCCGGAUACCAGAGGAAAGGAACUUUGAUGCAAACAGCGUAGGAGACUAUAACUCCCAGAGACAGCUUGAAUCAUCAACCACUCCGUCACAGGAGCAGAGACAGGACUCUUAUAAGCUCACCAGUUCAAUGGAUGCAAAAACUGAUCAAGUAGCAGUUUUGUCUUCAAGUGAAAAAAUGGAAGCACCGAAUGGGUUUGAUAAAGCAGAAUCUGGUUUGCCGAGUGCGAGUGAUGGACCUAUAGAGAAGGACCCGCUCAUGAAAUUGGACUUCUCACUCACUGCCUCUCAGGGCUCACUCACUUCGAGUUUGCAGAGCUCGCAGUCGGACUUACAAAAAUCCUACAUGAGCUUGCCUGACCUUGGCCGGUCACGAACAUCAUUGCAAGAUAUGUCGCGGUCAGCGUCGAGUGCUGAGUUACAGAUGAGCUCUGUCGCAAGGAAACUUGACCUGAAAUCGGAUUUGUACAGUACUCAGAGGUAUUCAGAGGAGCCAGCAAGUAACCAGACUCUCUUAGGGGAGGUUUCCCAUCGAAUGAGAAACCUCUCAGGUUGUAGCGGAUCCUCCUCGAUGGAUCAGACUGAUGGCCAGUUACCUCUGAGACAAAACUUUGCCGAGGACCAAAUAUCGGGAAAUCUGUUUUCUUCCUUUGCCUCUCCCAUCAAACGGCCGCCACUAGGUCAGUCACCUGAUAACAGUAAUGUUGAACUGAUGCAAACUAUAGUACCAAGAUACAAUCAGAGCUCUGCGGCACCUGUUGGUGACGAUUUGAACAGUGUUCCCCUGGACCAAUUAGAGAGGAGAGAUGUUAAGCAGACAUACUCACAGCCGUUGGAUGGUCCGAAUGCAAGCGACUCAGAAGCACCUGUUAAAGACACUCAUGUUAGAGUUCCCAUGUGGGGUCUUGCACCAAAUACAGCAUCGUCAACAGGUCCAGGAAGGCCACCUGCUGUGCAGGUACUCCCACCUGGGCAAGGACCCCUGCCCUCAGGGGUAGAGGGCCAAACUAUUGAGAGCAUUGAGCAAGGGAGUGCAGGGUACAGGCCUGUAGGGUGUACCCCAGGACAUCCUGUACCCCUCAGUGAAGGACAUGUUGGAGUACAUGCAGAGCCAGGCCAGAUGGGUCCUGGCAUGCCCUUCCCGGGCCAAGCAACACAGGAUGUACCUCAAUCCCCAGUCAAGGUCCCCUUUGGCCCGGGGUUAGUAGGUACCCCUGGUACACCCCCAGCUUCUGUUUCACCAGUAAUGGGUACAUCGCCAGCUGUUAAAAAACGGGUGUCGUUACUGGAAUACCGCAAACGAAAGGGCAGUGAUUUAGUCAAUAGCAAAAGCAGCAGUCCUACCAGUGCCCCAUCAACCCCUGUCGCCACUAAGCCUUCCCUCUCCCUGAAACCCCCUUUGCCUAGCCCCAUAUCUGCGUCCAAUCCCUGCACACCCACUAAGGCGCUGGAGAGCCCCCUCAAAGCGAGCAGCAGUUCUUCUUCCUCCACCCCGACAGCCCAACUGCCCAACCUCCCACUGUUCACCACGGAGAAGGAGAACGGCAUCGGGGAACGUCUGAGUCUUUCAACCGAAGCCCAGCAGGUGAUAUCGUCGCUGACGAGUCUGCUGAAGCGAAACAAGAAGUCUGACGAGAGACCCUCUCAGGACGGGAAAUGGAGUUCCAGUAGGUCAGACGUCUCAGACGAAGACCCCCUGCAGAAGAUGAGGAAAGAGCUGAAGGAAAAGAACCGUGAGAGGGAACGCAAGGAGGCACUAUCUCACAAGAGGCCCCACUCCCCGGAACCCCCACCCCCUCCGCCUAGCAAGAAACACAACCCUGGACUGAGGUUGCAGAUACCUCCACCCCCACCUCCCAAGACAAAGGCAGACACAAGGCCCGGUGAUGCUUCAGGGGAGUCUACACCAGUGAAACUACCCAACCCAGCCGGUGCAACAACACCAGUUAGAACCCCUGGCUCGGCAGGCAUUUACCCACAGCAACUUGGAAAAUCUUACCCUCCUCAAGCGUCGGGUCCUUUUCACUCUGCACCAGUUAAAGCACCGUUCCAACAACCCUUCCAAGCACAGCAAUACGCUCAGCAGCAGCAGCAGCAACCUCAGCAACCGCAGCAACCGCAACAGGGAUACAACCCGUCUUACCCCGUGUACGAUUACAACCAUCAAAACUCUCACGGGACGUCACAACCGUUUGCUCCGUAUCAUCAGGGACAGCAGGCACCCUUACCCCCACAGCAAGGACCAUAUCAGCCGCCGCAGCAGCAGCAGCAACAACCGCCACAAACAAAGCAAGGUUAUCCGAAUGCUUACCCACAGCCGCUGCCACAGCAGCAAGGGUAUAACCCGGCGGCAGUCGCUGUACCACCACCCCCACAGCCACAGCAGCCUCAGCAGUACCCAGCAGUCUCCAGCAAUUUUGGGUCCAAUCAGAGCAUAACGAGUAAGGCUUCUUACGGUCAAGAAAGUCGGACUACUAAACCAUCCUUUCCUGCUAAUGCAAACAGUUACUCACCGAGGAGAGUUAGCUACUAUCAGAAGUGAGCGUCAAAAUCCAUGAUGGGAACUUCACCUAUAUUGUUUCAGUCCUAAGAAAAUUCUUACUUGAGGAAAAAAAAAACGAGCCAACAACACGUUUCAACAAGUGUUACAGUUUAAUGAAAGUACGAUGUGCUUCAUCCAGUGAUCAGGUUCCAAUGUCAUCACCUGACAGACGUUAUCUUCUUCUGGAAGCACACAUUAGCACAGUUUUUUAAUUUAUAACCACUGCUUACAGUAAGCAAAGCAAGAGGCAUGAUAGCUUGCAGGUGUGUUAUGAGCAAAUCCAGUGAAAAUGCGAACUCAAAUCUACUCCAUUGUUUGUAAAAUACACCCGUGGUUUUUUUUCUGCUGAGUAAACACUCAAAUGUGGCUGUUACUGGUAAGCCCCAUGGCUAUAUCUAAUAAGUUAUGCAAACAAAUAUUAACAUCAGGAAGGUCAAGUACACCUAUGUCCUAUGUAUAUCCAUGUUCUGCUUGUUGGUUUGUUUGUUUGUUUGUUUGGGUUUUGUUUUUUUCUUCUCGGUUUUUUAUUUUCACCUUGUCAGUUGUCAGUGCCCCCAUCUUUACAAUCCCUUUUAAAUGGUGCCACAGAGGGCAGCAUUCUCAAGGCGGACGUUAAAAUAGCCUGCGGGGCGUAUACAAGUAUCACUGGUAACCCAAGAGCUAGUAUAGUUGACUCUAUUUGCAACUGAGUUGGUUAGACCACCAGGGAAGGCUUGUAUACCGAUUGUGAACUUUGGUGCCCUUGUCUUGGUGACUUGAGUGUUUCUUGCGAAGAACGUCGGGUAAAAGUAAGAGUUGUCACUAUUUUCCCAGAUAAAAAAACGGUUUUUAAAAUUACUGUAUGGUUCAUAGUAUACCAUAACAAUAACUUGUAUUUUACAUUGAUUGAAUCUUUUUUAACACUAAAACAGAAUCACUAUAAUUUUUUUUUAGAGAUUCAGGUGGGCAGUCUGUAGGGCAAUUAAAGUUCAAUUUCUGCUGGACCAUUUUUAGGGAAACCAAGGCAAGGACCAGGGCAGUGGAGGCACUGGGAGGAAGCACCCGGGGGCCUUCUGUGUGGCACUGGAUUAUAGGAGAAAAAAAAGGGUGAAAAAGAUAACCGUUUGUUUAUAAUAUGUUACCCUGUAAAGAGAAUCAACAAAUGUUCAUGAAAAUCAUGAAUUGUAAAUAGACAAAUGCAGUCAGGUCAGAUCUUUUGUCAUCUCUAUUUUUGUUAUUAAAGAAUGAUUAAGAGCAUGAUUAAUUAACUAAUUAAUUAAAAUCCAACAAAGAGCUUUAACCUUUUUUAUAUCAGAGAAUCCUUUGUGUUUGCAAAGGGGCAUUUCUUCUUAACCCACACUUGUAAAUGGUAGCAACCCUCCUUGUAAAUAAUUGCAGAUAAACAUUCUCGUUGGAUUUUAAUAAUGCGAGUUCCUCCAUCAGCUUGUAAUAUAUUUGUGUAUUAUAAAAAGCUAGUAUUGUAGAUGGUAGUAUUAAGUAGUUCGUUGGACAGAAUCCCGUCUGUAGAAUAGAGUGUGGAAAGAGCUUCUGUUUGUUUGUUUGUUUGUUUGUUUGUUUGUUUUGCUUUAGUUUUGUACCAGAGUGAAACGAAAACUCUUUUUAAUUUGUUACAUACAACAAAUUAUAUUUGUAGUAGUUUUUUUGAAUUUUUGCAUUGAAUGUUGUACAGUUAGAAGACGUGUGUAGAAAAUCUGGCUGUGGGAAGAGAGUCCAUGCAAUUAUCAGUACUGUAGGCGAUUUGAAUUAUUUUGAAUUGUUGAAUUGUAUUUUAAGGGUUUAUUAACCCUCUUUAUUUUGACCAUAAACCAAUUGUUAUUAAUAAUAAACUCUGUCUAUGUGAAGUACGUCCUAUCAACUUGAUCUUCAACCUCAUGUGUACAGAGGUGAACAUCGCAUAUAUUUCUAUUUUGGAGCAUCCUUUUCAACUUCACCUGAAAAUAAUAUAUGAAGCGAGUGUAAAAUACUGUAAACAAGGACUCGAGUUCGUUGAGUUGCUUCAGCAAAAAAUGAUGCUUAACACUUUUCUGAUGAGAAAAACCAAGCCGAAAACUAGCCUAAGGCGGCGUAUACAUGUGGGGCGUGAAACCUUAUAAACAUUCAUUUGUGCUGGGCUACUUUUUGUGCUUCAAACAGCUCCAAGAAAUUGGUCCCUGAUCUGUAAAUGUAUGCAUUGGGAUUUUUUCUUCUUUUUUUCACAUAAAAAGAUUCAUUACAAUACUUGUAUCCAUAUUUUGAAAGCCCGAUCUUCUUGGGCAACUGUCUAAGAAGAAUCUGUGUAACAGAUUCUGUUUUACUAAUGUGAGCCACAAACCACCAAUUUAGGGGGGGGGGGGUCACCAAUUAUUAAAGUUAUAAAGUAGCACCUUGGUCAACUGCCUAGAUCAGGGCCCAUAUUCAUGAAGCUGCUUAACAGCAGAAAGUACUGCUUAAAGGAACACGUUGCCUUGAACCGGUCGAGUUGGUCUGUGAAAAGCAUUUACAACCGUUUGUUGACUCCCA